UUUGUGGGGUUGUUGAUUAGAAAUCGAAAAAAAAGUGUUGGUAAGUCUCGUAAGCGCAAUGGAUCGGUUUGGUUCAAACCGUGACCCGACGCUCGUCGACGCGGUGACGGAUGAGUGUACCAUCAACGAAACAGCAAGUUUGUUGCGCGCGAAGCGAACGUUUCGCGUGAACGCCGGGCGUUUGGGUCAAGUGGAGACCUGCUCCACGCCGGGAGGCCUUCGGAGGCGAUUGACCCGUGCCUUCUUUGAGAUUUUCAUGCCCCAAGGGUACCCCGACAGCGUCAGCAGGGACUAUGUGGAGUAUCAGAUCUGGGACACACUGCAGGCUUUUGCGAGCAGUUUGUCGGGAGCAUUGGCAACGAGAGCCGUUCUAGUGGGUGCCGGUGUGGGUGACGAAAAUGCGACGGCACUUGGAGCCACUUUGUCAUGGCUUUUGAAAGAUGGCUGUGGUCACAUGGGUCGCAUCGUUUUUGCCUGGUGGAAAGGAUAUGAUCUGGAUUGCAAUUCCAAGCAAUGGAGGUUAUUUGCAGAUGUUGCCAACGAUCUGGCAUCGAUUAUGUUUCUGCUGAGCGGAGCAUUUCCGUGGCUUUACACGCCCAUCCUAUGCAUCGGGAGCGUUAUUCGGGCGUUGGUAGGAGUUGCGGGUGCUGCUACGAGAGUUGCCGUCACCCAACAUCAGGCGCUGAGAGAUAACUUGGGGGACGUGUCUGCAAAAGACGGCAGCCAAGAGACUCUAGUGAACCUCUCCGCACUCAUCGUAUCCAUGUUCAUGUUGCCCAGUAUAACGGAUACCUGGGAAAUCAUCGCCGCCAUUGCCAUGCUAACUUUCAUACAUCUGUAUGCUAAUUGGAGAGGGGUGACUGCACUUGAAUUCAACGUCUUCAACUCUUGGAGACUUCAGCAUGUUGUGGAUCAUUACUUGAAAACCGGUGAUAUCCUCGGUGUCAGCGAAGCCAACAAGUUGGAGCCUGUUUUACCCACACCAGAGGGGGUUCGUCCUGUGGAUCUCAUUGAAGCGUAUUACGCUGCUGUUGUUGCCAACUUCGUUGCUUCGGGCUUAUCUAUGGCAGAUGUUUGGACGGGAUCGCCUGGUCAUGUUCUGUUGACACUUUCAGUGGCCAUUGGACUGAGGCCAGAUUUGAAUUACGGAGACUACAUCCACCAAGAUAUGUCCCUUCCUCUGAAGGCAGAUUUGAAGGAAUUAAGGGCGAAAGCAGGAGGAUCUCCGGCACCUGUGGUGAUGGAGUUCGUGGAGCGGACGUUCCAAGACUUUUUGAAAUCUGCCGAAAGCAGCGGGUGGGCCAGUGCCUGCCGAUUUCGUUUGCAUUUGUUCCUUGUUACAACACCGUACAAAGGUUCUGGAAGCGAGAUUCAAUCAGUUCUUGACCGCACUUACGAGUCUCACUCCUUCCCUGGGGAUAACCCAAUUCGGCCAGUGUCGCUGAUGAAACAGCCUUUUGGGAAACCUGAAGCAGAGGAGCCUUUCGUGGGCGGCGGAGACUUGUGCUACGGUUCCGGUCACAGCUUGACGACCUUCCUUAGCUUCACGGGUUUUAAAUUAGUGCAGUAUUGGAUCAUGAUGGCGUGUUUGAGCCUGACAACUUCGUUGCUGUCAGAGUAUCGUUGGAGAUACAACACCACAGACAAGAGCGGAUUUGCAGAAGGAGUCGGGAGCGUCCGGGUAGGCAGGAGCGUCAGGGGCAGGAGCGUCCGACCCCCGGUCUGGAGUGUCCGGCCCCCAGGCGGGAGCGUCCUGCCGCCAGGACUUGGAGCCCAGAGCAGAGCAAUUUUAGCCGGAGUGGAGCGGAGCCCGGAGCAGGCAAAAUUUUUGGCUGCUCCGGGCUCCAGGCCUCAAAUAAAAUUUGAUAAAUUCGGGGAAAACCCUCAGCCAUAUGUGACUGCUUGGCUGGCACCGGACGGCUGGAAAAUGGCUGAGCAUCUGCCGACACUUCCACAAGGUUACGAUGGAUACGAUUCUGAGUUCCAGCCACCCAGAGUUAUCGGACACUUCUCGCUGUCCAAGGGGAGAGAAUAUUUCCCAGACGCAAGAAAUGUUGGCUACUUCGUUGAGCCGACUUUCGCGUCUGGUGAUGUUGAAGGCGAACGUGGAGCAGUGCUUCUCGAACCCAUGGACUUGAAAUCGAUCGGUGACUCGAAGGAGGAGAAAGGUGUGAGCGAAGAGGGCGAGGGUUUGACGCACCUUCUCCAAUGGAUAUCGCAAAAUAAGUCGAAGCUUGAAAGGAUCACGGAUGAGUGCCAAAGGUUCAAACUUAUAAAGUGGUGGGCGCAACAGUACACUGUGGGAACAGCAUUUGUGUACGUGGGAUGGGAAGACUUGGACGGAAUUGUGAAGCGUGUGCAGCGCAUGAACACUAAGGCCAUUCCUCAUCAUGCCCAACAAUUCUGGACUCCUCAAAUCUGUAUCAAUUUUCUCUCGUCUUUCCUCCGUUGGGUGAAGGAAAUUGUGCAAGAGGAUAACCCAAGCAUAGUGUACGAAUUCCAUUGGAAACCCAAACUUCCCGACAGGCCUGUGGUCUACGAACCUAACGAACGUCUGUUGCACCCUGAGGAGAAGAACAUGAUUAUACCCGAAUGGUUUGUCCGAGACCUGGAGAACCAGCCUGUGGCUUGA